CGAUGUUCUAGAUGAAAAACCGCAAUGAUCUGAGUUCAAUAUUGACACCUCCGCGGCCGCGGAAGGCUGCGCAGCAGAGCCCGGCUUUAGAGCGGCGCAGGAGCGGGCUCGUAAAAGCCAAACGGCUUCGCCGUCGUGCGGCAUAAACAACAACAACAUCCCGGCUUUAUGGCGCUUUAUCGUUUGUUAAACAGUUUACGGCCUUUUUUGGGGCUAUUACAAACGCAAUUCCCUUCAUGCGAUAGUUAAACCUUUAUCAAUAAUAAGGAAAUUGAUCAUUAAAAUGUUAAAUAUGACUACCUCGUUUGUUUUAAAAUAUGUUUAGGAUAAGAAGCUGUAUGAUUUGAUAACUUGUAUUAAAAUACCAAUUACAUUUAUAGGACCUUUUAAAACCGGUAGCAAUUAAAUCGUGUUCUUUUACAGUUUUCCAAAGCGACCCUGACAUUUAAAAAGGCUAAAACUGCCUCGUUAAAAUUUUGAAAUUAACGACUGCGGGCGCUCCUCUUUAAUUUUCCAACACUCCCCAAAAAUCAAUCUUUUGGGUGGUCUAGGUACGUGAUUUGUUGUGCGGCGAGCGAUACCUCAUUAAUGGAGGUAGUUAAACAUAUUUAAUCCGUAUAUUCACCCCACCUCCUUCUCCCUUCCCCUCGCCCUCCCUCUCCCCGUGUCGCUCCCCCUCGCUCCUUUUCCUCCUUUAUUCUCCCACACUCUUCCUUUCACAAUCGCGCGGUGCCGGGUCCGUGCGGAGUAAGGAGAAGCCAAUAGGAUGAGGUUUCGGUAAUAGAUGCAAAUGAUCAUGAAAAGACACUGCAAAAUAUGAAACAACUCAUUUGCGCUGAAGUAAAUCACUGAAAACUGUUUAUGAACUGGCAUCUCUUCUUGGAAAUGUAAAGCGAGAACUCUUUAAGUGGCGAUUUUUUUUUUUUUUUUUUAGGGGUGGGGGGGGAGGAAAGAAUUCAAUAUCAUGCAGGCUUAGAGUUUUGAUUAUAUCCUCCUUUUAUAUUCCUGGAAAUCACAAACUGUCGUUGCUUAGCAUCUUAGCCGCUUUCUUUUUUUGCUAAUAGAUUCUCGCGCUCUGGUUUGUUGUGGGGGGUAAUUUUUUUUUUUUUAAUAUUUUUUUUAAAUUUUUUUUUCCGCCUGCUUUAAAAAAAAAAAAAAAGGACGAGGAGGAGAAAAAAAAAAAAAAACCAACAACCUCUUAUUGAAAUUAAAAUGAGCUCCUAUUUUGUCAACUCACUCUUCUCCAAAUACAAAACCGGCGACUCCCUGCGCCCCAAUUACUAUGACUGUGGCUUCGCGCAGGAUCUGGGGGGCAGACCCACCGUGGUGUACGGACCCAGCACGGGGGGCACCUUCCAGCACCCGCCCCAAAUCCAGGAGUUCUACCACGGCGCCUCGUCGCUCUCCAGCUCCCCUUACCAGCAGAACCCGUGCGCCGUGGCGUGCCAUGGGGACCCGGGCAACUUCUACGGCUACGAGCCGCUGCAGCGGCAGAGCCUGUUCGGGGCGCAGGAGCCCGAGCUGGUGCAGUACGCCGACUGCAAGCUGGCCGCCGGCGGCCUCGCCGAGGAGGCGGAGAGCUCGGAGCAGAGCCCUUCUCCCACCCAGCUCUUCCCCUGGAUGCGACCGCAAGCAGCCGCCGGACGCAGGAGGGGGAGGCAAACCUACAGCCGCUACCAGACGCUGGAACUGGAGAAGGAAUUUCUAUUUAAUCCCUACCUGACCCGCAAGCGGAGGAUCGAGGUCUCGCAUGCGCUGGGAUUGACAGAGAGGCAGGUCAAAAUCUGGUUCCAGAACAGGAGGAUGAAAUGGAAAAAGGAGAACAACAAAGACAAGUUUCCCAGCAGCAAAUGCGAGCAGGAAGAACUGGAAAAGCAGAAAAUGGAAAGGGCCCAGGAGGUGGACGAGGAAGGGGAAGCACAGAAGGCGGACAAGAAAUAAAGGGAUUUUUGAGGACUGAAAGGCAAGCGCGGCUGGGGUGGAAGAGCCCCCGAGCCCCCCGUUAGCGGCACUCGGUGUGAGGGAGGGGUGGGGUGAGUGGGGUGGGGGGACAAAAACAACAAACCAGAAAAACAAAGCGUAGAAAAGAGGAAAAAAAAAAAAAAAAAAGGAGGAAAAAAAAAAAAAAAAAAAAAGAAAAACCACAAAAAAGCCCGAGCCCUUUUAUUGCUGUAAAACAAUAUCGCUGCGAGCAGCACUUUCCUGCUCAUCCUUUGAUACAAUGAGCGGGAGGCGGGAGGCACCGCGAGCUCGCCGCUGCCUUUUGCCAGUUAUUAACUAGUGGUAGUGUAACGCAAUAGCUUCUGUAAAACAUGACUGUGAAAUUCUCUCCUCUCUCUGUCUUUCUCUCUGUCUCUCUCUUCUUUCCGGGGCGGGGGGGGUGGGUUGGUUAACAUAGCUUUCAGCGCUAGAGGAGUUAUGUGAUAUUACAUUCGUGCACUUUUUUAUUCUUUUUUUAUUUUUUUUUAAUUUGGAUUUUUAGCUCCUCAUUUCCCGGGCCCUUUUAUUUUGUGUUGUGGUUUAUCUGUAUGUACUGGAGGUAGCUAUUGAGACAAACAUCCCAACAACAUGAAACUGCCUAUUUAUGCUGUAGUUAUCUCUCUCUUCACUUUCCCCUCCUCUUCUUUGCUUAGCUUUUUUUUUUUCUCCUUUUUUUUUUUUAACCCAAUUUUUCAAUGUCUCUUCCGUAAGGAAAAAAAAAGGGAAAAAAAAGCAAAAAAAAAAGAAAAAAAAAACCCACCGUUUUUCUCUCCUUUAGUUAGCAUGCGCACAGUGAAGCAAGUUGUAAAGUGAUCUUUAGGUUAACUGUGAAAAAGAAUGUAUACUGUAUACGUGAAUUACUUUAUUGGGGGGACUAAUGCUAUAUUUUGUUGUUCUUUCACCACUUUGUUCUAUUGUCUAAACCUGGAAGCGGCGGAAGAAAAGUUACAAUAAAGUUUACGAGCGAGAA